AUGAGAGAAGUUAUUUCUAUUCACGUCGGUCAAGCUGGUGUUCAAAUCGGUAACGCCUGUUGGGAACUCUACUGUCUUGAACACGGUAUUCAACCUGAUGGUCAUAUUCCCCAGAAUCUUCAAGCUGAUGACAACUCCUUUGACACUUUCUUCAGUGAGACCAGCUCUGGUAAGCACGUUCCUCGUACCGUCAUGGUUGACUUGGAACCUACCGUUGUUGAUGAAGUUCGUACUGGUGCCUACCGUCAAUUGUUCCAUCCUGAACAAUUGAUUACCGGUAAGGAAGACGCUGCCAACAACUAUGCUCGUGGUCACUACACCGUUGGUAAGGAACUUGUUGACUCUGUCUUGGACCGUAUUCGCAAGUUGGCCGAUAACUGUACUGGUCUUCAAGGCUUCUUGGUCUUCCACUCCUUUGGUGGUGGUACCGGUUCCGGUUUCGGUGCUCUCUUGAUGGAACGUCUUUCUGUUGAUUAUGGCAAGAAGUCCAAGCUUGAAUUCUCUGUUUACCCCGCACCUCAGGUUGCUACCUCUGUUGUCGAACCCUACAACUCCAUCUUGACCACCCACACCACCUUGGAACACUCUGAUGUUUCCUUCAUGGUCGAUAACGAAGCCAUUUAUGACAUCUGUCGCCGUAAUUUGGACAUUGAACGUCCCUCUUACCUCAACUUGAACCGUUUGAUUGCUCAAGUCGUCUCUUCCAUCACUGCUUCUCUUCGUUUCGACGGUUCCUUGAACGUUGACUUGAAUGAAUUCCAAACCAACUUGGUUCCUUACCCCCGUAUUCAUUUCCCCUUAGUUACCUACGCCCCUAUCAUCUCCGCUGCCAAGGCUUUCCAUGAACAAAUGUCUGUUCAAGAAAUCACCAACGCCUGUUUCGAACCCAACAAUCAAAUGGUCAAGUGUGAUCCUCGUCAUGGCAAGUACAUGUCUUGUUGUCUCUUAUACCGUGGUGAUGUUGUCCCCAAGGACACCAACGCUGCCAUUGCCAACAUCAAGACCAAGCGUACUAUUCAAUUCGUUGACUGGUGUCCUACUGGUUUCAAGGUCGGUAUUAACUGCCGUCGUCCUGCUGCUGUUCCCGGUGGUGACUUGGCUGAAGUCAAGCGUGCUCUCUGUAUGCUUUCCAACACCACUGCUAUUGCCGAAGCUUGGGCUCGUCUUGAUCACAAGUUCGACUUGAUGUACGCCAAGCGUGCCUUCGUUCACUGGUACGUCGGUGAAGGUAUGGAAGAAGGUGAAUUCUCUGAAGCUCGUGAAGACUUGGCUGCUCUCGAAAAGGAUUACGAAGAAGUCGGCUCCGACUCUUUGGGCGAUUCUGAAAUUGAAGACGCCGAAGAAUACUAA